AGGUUGUAGGCACGCGCAUCUGUAUUCUCAAUGGGCGGGAAAGAGUCCUCGUCUUCGAUAACCUAAAAACCCCAAAAACCCCGACAACAAAAUCUGAUUCUCUUAUUGAAUCUUAUAUCUGCACUGCAAUUUAUCUUGUACGAUAUUAACUAUCAAUGGGUAUUAAGGGUUUAACGAAGCUGUUGGCUGACAAUGCACCGAAAGCCAUGAAAGAGCAGAAAUUUGAGAGCUACUUUGGCCGCAAGAUCGCCAUUGAUGCCAGCAUGAGCAUCUACCAGUUCCUUAUUGUGGUGGGAAGAACUGGGACUGAAAUGCUGACUAAUGAGGCUGGCGAAGUCACUAGUCAUUUGCAAGGCAUGUUUACUCGGACAAUCAGGCUUCUUGAGGCUGGAAUAAAGCCUGUUUAUGUGUUUGAUGGGCAGCCUCCGGACUUGAAAAAAGAAGAGCUUGCAAAGCGUUACUCAAGGAGGGCAGAUGCUAACGCUGACUUGGCGCAAGCCGUGGAGGCUGGCAACAAGGAAGACAUUGAGAAAUUCAGUAAGCGUACAGUGAAGGUGACAAAGCAGCACAAUGAAGACUGCAAGAGACUUUUAAAACUCAUGGGAGUACCUGUAGUUGAGGCUCCGUCUGAAGCAGAAGCAGAGUGUGCGGCACUUUGCAAAUCAGGAAAGGUUUAUGCUGUUGCAUCUGAGGACAUGGAUUCCUUAACUUUUGGAGCUCCUAGGUUUCUUCGCCAUUUGAUGGAUCCCAGCUCAAGAAAAAUCCCGGUUAUGGAAUUUGAAGUUUCCAAGAUUUUGGAGGAGUUGAACCUUAGCAUGGAUCAAUUCACUGACCUGUGCAUUCUUUCUGGAUGUGAUUAUUGUGACAGCAUUCGAGGAAUUGGAGGGCAGACUGCCUUGAAGCUCAUCCGUCAGCAUGGUUCUAUAGAGAAUAUUUUGGAGAACAUAAACAAAGAGAGGUAUCAAGUACCAGAGGAUUGGCCAUAUCAGGAGGCUCGACGGCUUUUUAAAGAACCAGUUGUCCUUGCUGAUGAAGAGGAGCCUGAGAUUAAAUGGACUGCCCCAGAUGAAGAGGGACUGAUUACUUUCCUGGUGAAUGAAAAUGGUUUCAAUAGUGACCGGGUGACAAAGGCAAUAGAAAAAAUUAAAGCAGCUAAGAACAAGUCAUCACAGGGCAGAUUGGAAUCAUUUUUCAAGCCAGUUGCCAACUCAUCUAUACCUAUUAAACGAAAGGAAAGUAAAUGUGCUCUUCAAUCUCCUAAACCAGCAAUCAAGUCUAAAAUGUUCUCUCUUCAAGUUUGUAAUUGUUCCGUUCCCAAGGUCAAUGGCAGCUUAAGCCUGCCAAUUGUCUAUCUGGGAUCCAAGCUUUCCUCACCAUCCAGAGGUGUUUGCUUCGGCGCAUGAAGCUGAAAACUCUGGAAACACCAGAUAACAAUGCUAAAGAAACUACUGCUAAGAAAUCCAAGGCCGGAGGUGGUAGGAAGAAGAAGUAGCUAAUUUGGCAUUAAAACCUCAUCUUCACAUGGCUGGUAAUCAGGUCAAAAGUGUGAUCUAUCAUUUAUGACAAGUUAUUUGCCUGCAACAUAUUUUCUUGUUAGUGUAUGACUUCCUAGUUUCAGUUCAUGUUGUGGAGCAGUUAAUGUAAUGCGCGUUUCGUUUCAUGCCUAUGAUGGGUGCUUAAGCAUGCAAUGGCUGCCAUUCUGAUGCCAGACAUGUUAUUGAAAAUUGUUUCUAGUUAAAAUCUUUCCGACAGUGUUGUAUUUUUUAUUUGUAGUAUUUAUCAAGUUAGCAGUGUCUGCAUGGGACAUGUUUCUUGUGCAAAGGAUGCACAGAUUGCACAUUGAUUUAGGUUCCUUCAUACUUUAUGUAAUUAUCAAUCUGGAAAAUUGCAAGGUGUAUAAUGUUUUAAUCUUGUCCUGGAGGCCUAGGUUAGAUUUGUGAAUCUUGUAAUUGAUUAAUCUGGAUAGUUUUGCUUCUGUUAUAUACUUGGACUGUAAAAGCAAAGCUGUUGUGACCUGAAAUUUUCUCAAGUUAUCAAUGUUAUCUAGUUGAUUGAUAA